AUGGGCAACUUGAAGAGGGCUCAGGAACCCGGCCACCCUGUGGCCCAACUGGGGCUGGGCCUUGGGCUGUGCGGCAAGCAGGGCCCAGCCAUCAGCCCCGAGCCCAGCCGGCCCCCGCAUCCCUACCUCCCGCCAGCGCCAGAACACAGCCCCCAAGCCUCCCGCUAACCCAGCCCGGAGGGGCCCAAGUUCCCGUGGAAGAACUGGGAGGUGGGGAGCAUCGCCUAUGACACCCUCAGCGCCCAGGCACAGCAGGAUGGCCCCUGCACCCCAAGACGCUGCCUGGGCUCCCUGGUAUUUCCAUCGAAACUAUGUGGGCCGGCCCUGCCCUGGGGCCUCCCGGCCCCCGAGGAGCAGCUGCUGAGUCAGGCGGACUUCAUCAACCAGUACUACAGCUCCAUCAAGAGGAGCGGCUCCCAGGCUCAUGAACAGCGGCAAGAGGUGGAAGCCGAGGUGGCAGCCACAGGCACCUAACAGCUUAGGGAGAGCGAGCUCGUGUUCGCCAAGCAGGCCUGGCUAGCGCCUCCCGAGGGCCGGAUCCAGUGGGGGAAGCUGCAGGUGUUCGAUGCCCGGGACUGCAGGUCUGCACAGAAAUGUUCACUCUACAUCUGCAACCACAUCAAAUACGCCACCAAUGGCAACCUUCGCUCGGCCAUCACAGUGUUCCCAGCGCCUGCCCUGCCGAGGAGACUUCCGAAUCUGAACAGCCAGCUGGUGCGCUAUGCGGGCUCGCAGCAGGACGGCUCUGUGCGGGGGACCAGCCACGCCGAGAUCACCGAGGUGGCCUGCAUUCAGCAUGUGACCCCAGGAAACGCCGCUUGACGUGCUGCUCCGCCGCUGCAGGCCUCGGAUGAGCCCCCAGAACUCUUCCCUCUGCCCCCUGAGCUGGUCCUUGAGGUGCCCCUCUCACACCCCAACACCCCCAGGCUGGAGUGGUUUGCAGCCCUGGGCUCAAGGGCUGGUACGCUCCCAGCAGUGUCCAACAUGCUGCUGGAAAUUGGGGUUCGAGUUCUGCAGCCCCCUUCCAGUGGCUGGGUAGCAGGCACUGAGAUCGGCACGCAGGACCUGUGUGGACCUCACCGCUACAACAUCCCUGAGGAUGUGGCUGUCUGCAUGGACCUGGAUACCCGGACAACUUCGUCCCUAUGGAAAGACAAGGCAGCGGUGGAAAUCAAUGUGGCCGUGCUGCACAGUUACCAGCUGGCCAAAGUCACCAUUGUGGACCACCACGCCGCCACAGCCUCCUUCAUGAAGCACCUGGAGAAUGAGCAGAAGGCCAGGGGGGGCUGCCCUGCAGACUGGGCCUGGAUCGUGCCCCCCAUCUCGGGCAGCCUUACUCCUGUCUUCCAUCAGGAGAUGGUCAACUAUUUCCUGUCCCCAGCCUUCCGCUACCAGCCAGACCCCUGGAAGGGCAGUGCGGCCAAGGGCACCGGCAUCACCAGGAAGAAGACCUUUAAAGAAGUGGCCAAUGCCGUGAAGAUCUCUGCCUCGCUCAUGGGCACCGUGAUGGCGAAGCGAGUGAAGGCGACAAUCCUGUAUGGCUCCGAGACCGGCCGGGCCCAGAGCUACGCACAGCAGCUGGGGAGACUUUUCCGGAAGGCUUUUGAUCCCCGGGUCCUGUGUAUGGAUGAGUAUGACGUGGUGUCCCUCGAACACGAGACGCUGGUGCUGGUGGUAACCAGCACAUUCGGGAAUGGGGAUCCCCCGGAGAAUGGAGAGAGCUUUGCAGCUGCCCUGAUGGAGAUGUCCGGUCCCUACAACAGCUCCCCUCGGCCGGAACAGCACAAGAGUUAUAAGAUCCGCUUCAACAGCAUCUCCUGCUCAGACCCACUGGUGUCCUCUUGGCGGCGGAAGAGGAAGGAGUCCAGUAACACAGACAGUGCAGGGGCCCUGGGCACACUCAGGUUCUGUGUGUUUGGGCUGGGCUCCCGGGCCUACCCCCACUUCUGCGCCUUUGCUCGUGCGGUGGACACGCGGCUGGAGGAACUGGGCGGGGAGCGGCUGCUGCAGCUGGGCCAGGGCGAUGAGCUGUGUGGCCAGGAGGAGGCCUUCCGCGGCUGGGCCCAGGCUGCCUUCCAGGCCGCCUGUGAGACCUUCUGUGUGGGAGAGGAUGCCAAGGCUGCUGCCCGAGACAUCUUCAGCCCCAAAAGGAGUUGGAAGCGCCAGAGGUACCGGCUGAGCGCCCAGGCCGAGGGCCUGCAGUUGCUGCCAGGUCUGAUCCACGUGCACAGGCGGAAGAUGUUCCAGGCUACAAUUCUCUCAGUGGAAAACCUGCAAAGCAGCAAGUCCACGAGGGCCACCAUCCUGGUGCGCCUGGACACUGGAGGCCAGGAGGGGCUACAGUACCAGCCGGGGGACCACAUAGGUGUCUGCCCACCCAACCGGCCCGGCCUUGUGGAGGCGCUGCUGAGCCGCGUGGAGGACCCGCCUGCGCCCACCGAGCCCGUGGCAGUAGAGCAACUGGAGAAGGGCAGCCCUGGUGGCCCUCCCCCCAGCUGGGUGCGGGACCCCCGGCUGCCCCCGUGCACGCUGCGCCAGGCUCUCACCUUCUUCCUGGACAUCACCUCCCCGCCCAGCCCUCAGCUCUUGCGGCUGCUCAGCACCUUGGCAGAAGAGCCCAGGGAACAGCAGGAGCUGGAGGCCCUCAGUCAGGAUCCCCGACGCUACGAGGAGUGGAAGUGGUUCCGCUGCCCCACGCUGCUGGAGGUGCUGGAGCAGUUCCCUUCGGUGGCACUGCCUGCCCCACUGCUCCUCACCCAGCUGCCUCUGCUCCAACCCCGGUACUACUCAGUCAGCUCAGCACCCAGCACCCACCCAGGAGAGAUCCACCUCACUGUAGCUGUGCUGGCAUACAGGACCCAGGAUGGGCUGGGCCCCCUGCACUAUGGAGUCUGCUCCACGUGGCUAAGCCAACUCAAGCCUGGAGACCCUGUGCCCUGCUUCAUCCGGGGGGCUCCCUCCUUCCGGCUGCCACCUGAUCCCAGCUUGCCCUGCAUCCUGGUGGGCCCAGGCACUGGCAUUGCCCCCUUCCGGGGAUUCUGGCAGGAGCGGCUGCAUGACAUUGAGAGCAAAGGGCUGCAGCCCACUCCCAUGACUUUGGUGUUUGGCUGCCGAUGCUCCCAACUCGACCAUCUCUACCGCGACGAGGUGCAGAACGCCCAGCAGCGCGGGGUGUUUGGCCGAGUCCUCACUGCCUUCUCCCGGGAACCUGACAACCCCAAGACCUACGUGCAGGACAUCCUGAGGACGGAGCUGGCUGCGGAGGUGCACCGCGUGCUGUGCCUCGAGCGGGGCCACAUGUUUGUCUGCGGCGAUGUCACCAUGGCAACCAACGUCCUGCAGACAGUGCAGCGCAUCCUGGCGACGGAGGGCGACAUGGAGCUGGACGAGGCCGGCGACGUCAUCGGCUUGCUGCGGGAUCAGCAACGCUACCACGAAGACAUUUUUGGGCUCACGCUGCGCACCCAGGAGGUGACAAGCCGCAUACGCACCCAGAGCUUUUCCUUGCAGGAGCGGCAGCUACGGGGCGCAGUGCCCUGGGCGUUCGACCCGCCCGGCUCCGACACCAACACCAACGGCCCCUGAGAGCCCCCUGGCUUUCCCUUCCAGUUCCGGGAGAGCGGCUGCCCCACUCAGGUCCGCCCGACCAGGACCAGCCCCGCUCCUCCCCUCUUGAGAUGGUGCCUUCCCACAUCUGUCCAGAGGCUGCAAGGAUUCAGCAUUAUUCCACCAGGAAGGAGCAAAACGCCUCUUUCCCUCUGUAUGCCUGUUGCCUCUGGCCUGGGUCCGCCUAAAUCUGGAAGGCCCCUCCCAGCAGCGGUACCCCAGGGCCUACUGCUACCCGCUUCCUGUUUCUUAGGCGAAUGUUAGAUUCCCCUUACCUCUCUCAGGAGUAUCUUACCUGUAAAUUCUAAUCUCUAAAUCAAGUAUUUAUUAUUGAAGAUUUACUGUAAGAGACUGUGCCAGAUGUUACAAGAACUACUAAAGUGCCUAACCCAGC